GCCUCCCAUUGCUGCUGCCAGGCCCGUAAUCUGCCAUGGGCCCCUGUACCGCCUCCUCAUGCUGCUGCCAGGCCCGUAAUCUGCCAUGGGCCCCCGUACCGCCUCCUCAUGCUGCUGCCAGGUCCAGAGUGUGUCAUGGGUCCCUGUACAGCCUCCCAUUGCUGCUGUCUCCAUCGCCACACUCUGCCAUGUGCCACUUUCAGGUCUCCUCACACUGCUGGUGGGUUCCAUUUUUGUCAUAGGGUGCUGUAUGGCCUCCCAUUGCUGCUGCCUCCACCGCCACACUGUGGCUCCACACUCUGGUUUUGGCCCCGUGAUGCCCAAAUGAGUGAAGUGUGCGGUGAUUCUAAGAUCGACGGCACUCAUCUGCAUGUCAUACUGACUGACAGUAUUAUUUCUCUUCCCCAGCAGACUCCAAGGGCAUUUAAAUUAAAGGUACAGUGUUCUGCACUAAUAUAA